UAUUCUUACGAGACGUUUGUUUGGUGGCCGCUGAUUGGCUGGUACCGGGAGGUAGGCAGCUCCCAGCCAAUCAGCGGCCGCCAAACUAACGUCUCGUAGGCAUAGGGAUCACCCAAGAAUCUACCUUAAGUGAACCAGUUAUAGUAGUAGGAACCUAGCUAUAAAACCAAAACAACUGCAAUUACACAACGUCAGGAAACUUCUGCAAUGCAACCAUACCCUAAAAAAUACAACAUCUCAGCUUUCUUGCAUUUCGUGGGGAUGAUAUGAACAACAUCUUUAAAUGUUGAGCUAAUGCUAUUCAACAGGAAAACAAAUGCGCUGGUUGCUGCAACACAACUGUCAAAUGCGGAACCUACAGUAUUACCACCUUUAUAAUCUAAGUAAGCCUUUAAGUGAAUUUCAUCUAUCAAUAGAUUCACAUUUUUGUCACCAUCUGCUAGAGAUCUGAACUUUUGUUUGAUGUAUGCAAGGAAGUUUUCAUCAUACUGUUCAAGAUUAGGGAUAAGUCAGCCUUCAACUCAACCACCAACCCCUCCUGUAGAGCCCGUGGUGUCAAGUACCAAUUCACAAAGAGCAGGAACUGCAGCUGUUGCACAAGUUCGCAUGCCAAGCCUCCUUAUUGAGAGAUUAGAGAAUCACCGCCCUCGUGCUGGAGCAAGAAAGACAAGACGAGCCAAUAACACUCGAGCCCUUCAAACUCUAAUAGAAGAUGAUUUUGAAGAGACCGGAGAACCUAGUAUUGCUGACCUUCAACCCAAGAAUGAAAAUGCAUUUUCUCGACUCCUGAACAACUGUGAUAAUAUGCGGGUGUGGCAGUAUUUCAUAUCUUGCAGUGAAAUUGAGCAGAUGGCAUAUUUAGAAGCCAUAUCUCCAAAGCAGAAAGUGAAUGGAGUGUGUCCCAGACAGGGUGUUAGUUUUACUCAGAUGAAAUCUAUGCCCAAGGAAGAGAAGGACAGUGACCUGCCCGAGGUUGAUGGUUUUGUAAUGGUGCCAGAUAUAAGUGAUUGCCGAGAAGUACACCCAGCCUACUCCGCAGAACAGUGCUUUGGUUUUAUAGACCCUCAACUUCGUUCUGCCUUCAAGAAGAAGCAUCUGUCUUUGGGGAUUUUGUCAUACCUUGAAGAAGAAGUUGUCAGUACUUUCACAGGAGAUCCGUCUGCUGUGUACAUAAGUCCAGAACUUAGUAGCUAUGAAAGGCUAUUACUGCAUGGCCUUUGUCAGUAUAAUAGGCUGAAAUCUAAAAGCAUGACCAUCGCAAGGACAAGAAGAACCAAGGUCUGCAAUAAAGUAAAUUGUUUCCAUAAACCAAAAUUAUCAUUGACUAAGUAUUUAGAAACUUGCAAGAACUGAGUACUUUCAAGUACUGCAUACAGUUUAAGAAAGUCAAGACCUUUGUUUAUUACGUGGACGGAAAUUCAUGGUACUGUAUAUCCCAGGUUGUAUUUUUUAAGGAAUUUUUUUCGUUUAAGCUCGUAAAUUUAUCAUGAAAAUAUGACAUGGGGAUUCAACAUUGUGUUAGGUUCUUGUAAAGCACUGUGACCCACUGUUAUUACUGUAAUAUGGUUGCUUGAAUUUAUUAUGGAAACAAUGUAUGUAUAUUGGCUAGUGCAGUGGUGGGCAAACUUUUCAGAGCAAGGGCCAUGACAAGUCAAAGGCCAGGACUUAUUUGGAAGUGGCAUUUCACAUUGUACGCUUUUGACACGGCAAUCUUUUCCUGGCACCGUAAACACACCUCUUUAUCCUUAGAACUGGCGAAGAAGUACUUGUGUAUCCAUUCUUCAUUAAAUGCACGAUAUUUAUCUUCAAUUUUACGUUUUUUAGAAGGCAUUGUUCGUAGGGUAGAAGAGAUUGUGUUAUUGUGCAGACGACAAUGACAAGGAAUGAGAAAAGCUGGUGGGAAGUAUUGAUGUAUAACUCUUGCAUAAAAAUUUAUUUUAUAACCUGUAAAUUGUAUAUGUUCACUCACAAAAAUUUAUUGAUUUUUUGUCUAAUGUGCUGCAGGCUUCCACGGGCCACACAAACCUUGUGGAGGGCUGGCUGCAGUUUGCCUGCCACUGGGCUAGUGGGCUUUUUCUUAUUGAUACAAGUAUCUUGAUUUUUUGUAGAAUCUUCAUUUCAUAGCCAAAAAAGUUGCUAUGAUAAGUGAAAUGCCAGAUUAUUAUGCAGCAUUCUCGUCUCUAAAUUUUAAUUGUACAUAAUCUUUUACAAAGACUACCUUUGUUUCUAUAAGUGUGCUACCUGUGUAAAAUGAUUGUGUGCAGUUUGUUACAAACAAACUGGUUUCAUCCAGAUUUACAUAUUUUCUUGUGUUAGUAUAGACCUUGGAAUUUUCUUGGUAGGUACAUAUAUGGUGAACAAAACUUGAGUGUUCAUAAUUCUUGUGGUGCUUUUUUGUUUUUCUUUUAAAGGUUAGUAGGAUAACUUUACAAAUAAAAAAAAAUAGUGUGUUUUCUUAUAAGAUAGGUACUGCUUUCAAUUUCCAGUAUGUUGCAUACUACAAGGAGUAUUGUAGACUACAGCAAAUCUUUAGUCCUCACCUGCUCUAUUUACCUGUUUCCAACUAAAGUUUUUCUUCAUU